CCGACGUGGCCAAUGCUUCCGCGGGCUCGGCGGCCGCCGCUCUCGAUUCGGCUGCCGCGGCGAGCCUUCUCCGCCAGGUCCUCCGCCGCCGCCGCCACCACUGCCACUUCAACGCCCGCUACACCACUCCGGCUGCUCAUCGUUGAGGCAGAUGAUCGCGCGGGCCGGGAGCGCCUCACCUCUGCGGGCUGCACAACCGCGUCAGACACGUUUGCGGCGCUGCUUUCGCGCAUCUGCCCCGAAGAUCACGAGCUGCGCCUCUCGUACUGCCACCCGGCCGACUCGGUGCAAGAGCUCGCUGAAGUUGGCGAACUCUCGCGCUUUGACGGCGUCGUAUGGACGGGGUCUUCGCUCACGAUCCACGAGGACAAGCCCGAGGUGACGCGCCAGAUCGAGCUCGCGCGCCGCUGCUUUCAGGCCGCCGUGCCGCAGUACGGCUCUUGCUGGGGCCUCCAGAUCUCGGCGGCCGCGGCGGGCAUCCCGUGUGAGCCCAACCCGCGGGGGCGCGAGCACGGCAUCGCGCGCGGCAUCGCCCUCACUCGGUCGGGGCGGCGCCACCCGAUGUUUGACGGCUGCCUCCAGACCUUUGACGGCUGCGCCGCGCACACGGACCACGUCGCGGCCAGCUGGGCCGCGGCGCCCGUGUGCAGGCCCGGCGUCGAGGCGGAGGUGCUCGCGUCGAACGACUUCACGCCGGUGCAAGGGCUCGCCGUCCGCAUCGACGGCGGCGAGUUUUGGUCGGUCCAGUACCACCCCGAGCUUGACCUCGGCGAGAUUGCCCGCCUGAUGCGGCUGCCGGCGUCGCGCAGCCUGCUGGUCGAGCAGGGGGAGUACUCGAGCGAGG